UUUUCAAAUAAUCGUUUCUGCGUGUUGCCCGAGCAUCGGUUAUUUCUCCAGAGAUUUCUUUCGCUCGCAAUAAAUGUUGGUACUAAAAGUAUGAUUUUUUAUGGAAUUGGAUCGAGGCAGUUCGAACCGACGGGGUGAUUAAUGGAAUGGAAAUACCGACGGUUUGUCUGUGGUCAAUGAGACGUUUCCAUGUUCAGAGGGCAACAUCAAUAACCGCAGUCGAUUUGCGCAGAGAAAUAAUCACCGUUCGGCGAAUAUCUCGUCCUUUGCUCCCGUUAUUUUGAGAAAAUUCGAUAGAACAAGCGCGGGAAUUGGAGAUAAAAGAGACAAAAGUUUUUCCCGGGACAAGAGCGCGGCGGUCGUCGUAAAACUAGUAAAUAUAUGCUCGCCUCGCAGGAAAAACAGCUGACGUUAUUGAUGAUGUGCUGGACAACGAUGAGCAGCGUCUUGGGUGAUCUACCGCCAGGCACAAGACGCAACACUUAUUUGCCUCCGGAGCCUACGAAAGGAUACAAUUACAACACGCCGAGCGUACCUUUCCCGAGGCCAACGCCGUCAUUUCCACCAGGGCCGCGUCCAACCCCUUCGUUUCCGCCGGUCACGACGAGACCCACCAACCGCCCGGGCACGGGUCCGACGACUCGACCCUUCCCUAGUCCAGGCCCUAGACCAACUCCGGGGACGAGGCCAACGCCCGGCGGUGGUGGAUACCCUACUCCUGGACCGAGGCCGACGCCGAUCUUCCCCGACUAUCCUGGACAACCGAGUAACAACAAUGGAAAUCACCUCCCACCGGAUCAUCCUGAUCAUGUGCACGAGCCUGGUAUGCCGUUCGAUUUCAACUACGCCGUUAAAGAGGACGCCUUUGGGAAUGAUUAUUCGCACAAUGCGAUAAGCGACGGUGACGUUACCAGAGGCGAGUAUCGGGUACAAUUACCGGACGGACGCACGCAGAUAGUGCGUUACACGGCCGAUUGGAAACACGGAUUCAGUGCUCAGGUCUCUUACGAAGGUACUCCACGUCUCGAUCUUCAACGACCGCCGGGCCAAGGUGGCAACUUCCGCGGAUACUGAUACCGACCAAAAAUUGUGCUACAAAAUUUUAUUUCGCAACUCGGUAUUAUUACGAUAAUUAUUAUUUCCUUUAUUAUAAAUAUUAUUAUUAAUAUUAUUAUUAUUAUUAUUAUUAUUUUAUAUAGAUAUUUACAUAAUUAUGAAGAUUUAAAUAUUGAUCAUGCGAAAAACGCUUUGGAAAAAAGGAAUGAAAAUACAGAAGAGUAUUUGCCCGACAAA